GUCCCAACCUCCCUCUUCCCAGCUGUGCAAUAGCUGUCCAAUCUUCCCCCCCCAUGUGACCCCACUGCACAUCCACAGAGAGAGAGAGAGAGAGAGAGAGAGAGAGGGAUGGAUUGUUGCUGAGAGAGAUUUAACAUCAUCAACGAGCACAGAUCGAAAAGGGGGGGAAUUCGAUAAGAAUAAGAAACCAAGAGCCCCAUGAAGACCAUGAUGAUGUUCUCUCUUUGUUGGUGUCCUUUGCUUUCCUUCUUCUGCAGCGACAUUCUCUCUCUCCUUUGAGUGUUAUUUAUAUGGAGCUCCCUUAGGGAUCAUCAUUUGGUUUGGUUCUCGUGUCAGCUGAAAUUUCGAUCACCGUCCUUCCUGAUCCAACACGAACAUCGAACGCGCCACCCGCGUCACCUUUCUUGGGAUUGGCGUGGCGUGGUGUGGUUCGUGUGUUGGCCUCUCCUUUCCUUUCCCCAGCUUCGGUCCUUCGGUUUUUGAGAGGGUUUGCAGCUAGUUUUGAUCAGUAGGGUUGUCUUGCGGUUAGCAUUCGUUCGGUUCUGGGUGGCAUCGUGUGGCGUUUUUGAUUACGCAAUGGCACAAUUGCCUCCUAAGAUCCCAAACAUGACCCCCAAUUGGCCUGACUUCUCCCUCCACCACCAGAAGUUCUCCUUCAUGGGGUCUCAUCAAUCGCCCCCGGUCCUCAACCCGCCCGCCGCCCCCCCUGCCGCUUCGCACCAGAACAACAACCCUUCUUGGGUCGACGAGUUCCUCGACUUCUCGGCUGCGCGCCGCGGGUCCCACCGCAGGUCGGCGAGCGACUCCGUCGCCUACCUCGAGGCCCCGCUGCUUGAGCAUUGCCGGAACUCAAGUGCGCCGGGGUCCGGCGCCAACAGCGGCCACAACCAACAUGAGUUCGACCGGUUCGACGACGAGCAGUUCAUGUCCAUGUUCACCGACGAGAUCUCCCCGUCGGCUGUGGCCGUCCCCCCCACAGGGUCGUCGUCAAACCCGUCAUCGCCGUCUGAUCACAACAGUAUCAAUGAGGAGAAGCAGGCGGAUCAGAAGCAGCGGCAGCAGCAGCAGCAGCAGCAGCCAAAGAACGAGCCUGAGGAGGUGCAAAGCCCCUGCCAAUCUGACUCACAGGACAACAGUCCACCCAAUUCAAACCCAGGCAAUCCUGCUGAUAGGAUCGUCGAUCCCAAAAGGGUCAAGAGAAUCUUAGCAAACAGACAAUCUGCGCAAAGAUCGAGGGUGAGGAAGCUGCAAUACAUAUCAGAACUCGAACGUAGCGUCAACUCGUUGCAAGCCGAGGUUUCGGUGCUGUCGCCGAGGGUUGCCUUUUUGGACCAUCAGCGCUUGCUGCUGAACGUGGAUAACAGUGCUCUCAAGCAAAGAAUCGCAGCUUUGGCCCAAGACAAGAUUUUCAAAGAUGCACAUCAAGAAGCAUUGAAGAGGGAAAUAGAGAGGUUGAGGCAAGUUUAUCACCAGCAGAGCCUUCACAAAAUGGAAAACAACAACGGCAACAACAACAUUAACAGCAACAGUAACAAUGCAUCCGCAGCAUCUCCUCCUCCUCCUCCAUCCUCCGAGCCAAAUAAUCCUCCUCCACUGGAGAACAGUAAGGAGCAGCUUCUCAGCGCUUGACUUUUUGACUCCUGUCCCCCCAGCUCUGUACCUUAACAUUAUUAUCAUUAUUCCCUCGACAGUCUAAUUUUUUACCCCCCCAAAAAAAACAAAAAAGGACGGAGAGAGAGAUUAGCCUCCCAAGUUCAACGCUUUUUUCUCCUUGAACUUUUGAAACAUGAAAAUUAUAUCCUUCCAUCUAAUUGGGUAUUCAUAUUCAUAUCUGUAUUUAUGGAAGAAACACUGGAGUUCAUGUCAGCCAGCUUUUUUCUUUGGUUAUUUAUUGAUUUUUAUGUAGAGAUCCCAUGUGUUAGCCAGCUUGGGGAAGAGGGUGUGUUGUGGGAAGCCUAUUGAUGGGCUGGUCUCCUCUCGCCCUCUCUCUCCCUCCCUCUCUCUCUCUCUCUCUCUACCUCUCGCUCUCUAGCUCUCUCUUUCGAUCUGACGUCGAUCUGUGCAUUCACGUGAUGUGUCCACAUCGUGUGGGGACCAAUCAAAGCGACAUGAUUGGAGGUCAGAGACGAACACGUGCAGCCGUGAUUGAAGAGGAGAAGGAGGAAAAUGAAAAAGAGAAUGGGUGAUGCUCUCUGGAGUUGUAAAAAAGAAAUGAUUAAAAAAAAGGAAGUAUAAAUAUUGUCUCUUGCUUUAUCUGAUUUGGUAGGGUGUGGUGGUGGUGAUGAUUGUGUAAUGCAGUGAUUUUAUUUAAUUAAUUAUUUUAUCUUCCAUUUUAAUAUUGAUUUUUUUUUUUUGUUUAAAUUGUAGCUUUUGAAUUUUGAGUCAUGUUGGAGGGUGGUGGAUUUUGUGUUGGGCUGUACGAAAGGUGGGGCUUGUCAGGGAAUUGUUCUUAAAUUUUGCCUUUUGGGAAUUUAUUUGACCUUGGAGUUGGGGAAGGAUGAUGAUGGUUGUAGAAUUUAUUUCAGACUUCUGUAACUUUUUUUUUUCUUUCGUUGCAUAUGGGAUGUAAUAUGCAUUUUAGUGUUUAAUUCAGACAUGAUAUUGCA